AUGGGCGGAGGCCCAGGAGGAGAUGGGCGUGAUGACAAGGAUAAGAAAAAGGAUAAACCCAAGUACGAGCCACCACCACCACCCACGACCCGUAUCGGUCGGAAGAAGCGCAAGGCUGGCGGUCCCAGUGCUGCAUCGAAGCUUCCAGAUAUCUAUCCCACGUCGAGAUGCAAGCUACGAUACCUGCGAAUGCAGCGCGUGCACGACCAUCUGCUCCUGGAGGAGGAAUACGUUGAGAACAUGGAGCGCUUGCGCAAAGCCAAAGCUCAGGCUGCUCAAGGCUCUGCUCGUCCCGAGGAUCCGGAGCUCUCCGACCGGAACGCUGAUGAGCGAAGUCGGGUCGACGACAUGCGUGGCAGCCCCAUGGGUGUCGGUAACCUGGAGGAACUGAUUGAUGACGACCAUGCUAUUGUCUCCAGUGCGACGGGUCCGGAAUAUUAUGUCUCAAUCAUGUCGUUCGUGGACAAGGAUCUUCUGGAACCAGGAGCUAGCAUUUUGCUGCAUCACAAAUCCGUCUCAGUUGUCGGUGUUCUCACAGAAGAGUCAGAUCCCCUUGUGUCGGUGAUGAAACUGGACAAGGCACCAACAGAAUCAUACGCCGACAUUGGUGGUUUAGAGUCUCAGAUUCAGGAGGUUCGGGAAUCCGUUGAGUUGCCGCUCCUUCACCCGGAGCUUUAUGAGGAGAUGGGUAUCAAGCCUCCAAAGGGCGUCAUUCUGUACGGUGCACCGGGUACUGGAAAGACACUUCUGGCUAAGGCUGUCGCCAACCAGACGAGCGCCACGUUCUUACGUAUCGUUGGAUCUGAGUUGAUUCAGAAAUACCUUGGUGAUGGUCCCCGCUUGGUUCGUCAAAUAUUUACCGUGGCAGCUGAGCACGCGCCUUCCAUCGUCUUCAUCGACGAGAUUGAUGCAAUUGGUACCAAGCGUUAUGACUCUACAUCUGGUGGUGAGCGAGAGAUUCAGCGCACCAUGCUUGAACUUCUUAAUCAACUUGAUGGUUUCGACGACCGCGGCGACGUGAAAGUCAUCAUGGCCACUAAUAAGAUCGAGAGUCUCGAUCCCGCUCUGAUCCGUCCCGGUCGUAUCGAUCGAAAGAUUCUUUUCGAGAACCCUGACCGUUCGUCUUCCCUCCUGAAACAAAAUAUUUCUCUUCGAAUAUGUGCUAACACUAUUUUAGAAAACACCAAGAAGAAGAUCUUCACGCUCCACACCUCCAAGAUGUCACUUGGUGAUGAUGUCGAUCUCGAUGAAUUUAUCAACCAGAAGGACGAUUUGUCUGGAGCUGAUAUUCGGGCGAUUUGUACUGAAGCUGGUCUCAUGGCUUUGCGAGAGCGUCGCAUGCGUGUGCAAAUGGACGACUUCCGCUCAGCCCGUGAGCGCAUCAUGAAGACGAAGCAGGAUGGCGGCCCUGUGGAAGGCCUGUACUUGUAG